AGUCAGAAAUGAUUGACUGCUGCUUGUUUUGUGUAUAGAAUAAUAUAUAUCGACUGUGAGAUGCUAGGGCGCGACAGCUUUAUGUGUUUUAAUAUGUAUUUAAAUUCAUCACUUUAUCAUUGAUGGUCUAAAGUGUUACUAACAUUUUACGAAAAAGAAUUGAAUUGCUUAUAUCUCACUAACCAUCCAGUAGAAGAGAUUUAAAUGUGCUAAAUGAUCAGUAUUUUGUGAGAGCUAUGACUCCACAAAAUCAGUAUUCACUUUAUGGUUCUUGAGUUAUUGGGCACUACUUUUGUGGAAUACUGUAAUACAAUCACUUUAGCAAGAGUGAAAAAAACGAGCCUUAUACUUUAAAAAGCAAUUUGAUGAAAGCCUAAAACUAGUUGACCUUCAUAGUUGAGAAUCUGACUUUCUAUAUUCCUUUUGUCACACCCAAGUACAACAGUAUUUUUAUUUCAAAGGCUAAUGGCUGCUUUAGCUUUAAUCACUGAACGUCCUAAGAUGCUUGAACAUAUAGUAUUAACAAAAGAAGUAAAUAAUGAAGGAGUUUAUCUUGUUCGAAUAUGUAAAAAUGGAAAAUGGAUAACAGUCAUGUUGGAUGAUUGCUUUCCAUGUACUUCUUGGAAAACAUUAGCAUUCACACAAGCUAAACGUCGUCAACUGUACGUGCCUUUAAUUGAAAAAGCAUGUGCAAAACUAUUUGGUUCCUACUCAAAUUUAACUAGUGGUCAAACAGCUGAAGCUAUGCAAUUAUUUACAGGCGCACCUUGUGAUUAUAUUCAUAUAGAAAAACAAAAUGAUAAUCCAAUGGAAGAUGAACAGGUGGAUCCAGAUGUUUUAUGGGCAAAAUUGUUGAGUGCAUGCGACUUUGACGUACAUUUUAUUGUUAUUAGUGAUCUUUAG